GCUCGGCCGCGGAUUGGGUGCCAGCUCCAGUCACCGCCCCGCCCCCCUAGGCCCGGCCCCAACAUGGAGGUGGCGGCCGCUGCACUCGAGUCCCACCGCGGCCGCGACCGCUUCCUGCGGGCCCUGGGCUACAGCUCGCGGCUGCUGGGUGGCCUCCUGCAGGCGGCGGGGACAGGCAGUGAUGGCGGCGGCGGGCCCGGGCUGCACCACCCGCUGCUGCGGCUCUCGCAGGAACUCGGCAACUGCAGGGCGACGCUGCGCCUCUUGGACGAUCUCGCCAUGUUCCUGCACUCGCGGGGAUACGGCCUGGGCGCCGCGGAGGAAGAUGCUGUGGUGCGGUGGCUGUCCGUGGUUGCCAACAUGGCGGAUCAGCUGUACUACCCCUGUGAGCACGUGGCCUGGGCCGCGGAUUACAAAAUCCUCAACAUCCACUCCAGCAAGUGGUGGACUCUUAGUAAUGUGCUCUGGAGUGUGUCACUGGCGCUGGGAGUACUACGGUCCUUAAGAGUUCUGCAACAGCUAAAGAGAAAAUUGAAACAAGGUCGAAGGGAUCACCUUGGAACAGAAGAACUGAAGCAGCUGCACUUGGACCAGGUUCGGAAGCGAGCAGAGACCCUCAACCUCAUCAGCAACCUGAGCGACCUGGCCAACGCAGUGCAUUGGAUGCCACGGGGCAUACUGUGGGCAGGGCGCUUCCCCGAGUGGCUGGUCGGGUUAAUGGGCACCAUCUCUUCCCUGAUCGGUCUCUAUCAGAUGUGGUACGUGAGCAGUGCCAACAAGGACCCAUGAGAAGAUGGCUGCUCAACGUUGACCUGCAUUGAGUCUCUCGCCAGGGAAAGGACCAUUCCAGGAAUCUCUCUCCAUGAAGCAAUGGGGUUUUAUAAACUUUCCUCAGCAUCUAUUGGGCAAGAGUUUGCAUCAAGAAGGCGGCAAAUGCCUUGGAUCCGACUUCCGGCCGCAAUGUAGAUCAGUGAUCUGCCAGCGACAGGCUUGGAUGUACAGGAUUUGAUUGCAUUAGGAUUUGGACACAACCAUGAUGACACAAAUCUCAACAGACUCUCGGCGGGUCCGCUUUCCAGGGGAAGAAGAGCAGCCCAGGAAUAAAACUCGGCAGCCUGUGAUUAUAAUAGCUGAUUCAGUUUUAUUUGUCAGUUGGGUGAAGUGCUUUGUU